AGUUCACGACAUACACUGUUACAGAAGACAGAGAGCAGGAUGUUCUGGAGUGGAGGUUUACCUUUGCUUCUGCUGUUGGUAUACCUGGUUGCAGCCAGCUUUGACCUACCAAUCAACGACUGUGGUGAGCCUCCGCCGAGUGCCAAUACUUACAGGACAUUCCCUGACAACAACACUGUGGAAUAUCGGUGUAUAGACACCUACCUUCUAUCAUCAGGCGACCUUGUCCGGAACUGUGUCAAUGGAAAGUACACCGGGGUCACACCCCUGUGCAUCUUGAACUGCGGCCCUCCGUUGAAUAGCACUUACGCCAGUUUUGACAUCACGGGAACUUACGAAGGCGACAACGUGACGUACAAUUGUGUCCAGGGUUCGUUUGGAUCCUCCACAGUCACCGAGUGCAGCGCUACCAGAGGAUACUGGGAAGAAGGGAGCAGCUGCGCUGCCAGUCUAGAUGCUGCAUCGUUCACUGCGAAACAGACGACUACCGCGACUGCAGACGACAUCCUCAGGAACAUAACGUCAUCCGUCUCAAUACCAGCCAGCGCCACAUUUAUAGCUCCUAACGCCGUGGACCCAACAAAGCAGGGAUUGAGUCUUCUCACCGGCGGCUGCAGCAGUACCAAAUAUGAGGAACGUCCUCGAAUGAGCAUCUACCUCGGUGACUACUACACCAUAUAUCAAGUAGCUGUGACCCUACCGAAUGAUGACUUUGUCUCUUCCAUACCAAAUCUGAGAGUGUCGAGUUCCAGCAAUAGCUUCUUUGAAAAGUACACCUCGACCUGUUUGAGUCACAGAGACUCCAUACCCGCAGGGUCAAGGUUCUUGGCAAACUGUUCACGAUCACGGUACCCAUAUGGUGGAAGGUAUAUUCAUCUUGAAGUAGACUUUGGAGACGAACAUGGCAUGUUACAGAUCUGCAAGGUUGAAGUGUAUGCCCAUCCACGUACAUUAGUUGAUUGUGGUCAGCCACCUGAACGCCCGUUCGCCGUGGUAACCAGCCCGCCGUCAAAUACGUACUACCAAAAUAAUAAGCAUGAGGUGACAUACGAAUGCAUAGAUGGUUACACGGUCAAGUAUGGUCACGGGAGAGGCUAUUGUUCAAUAUAUGGCACUUGGUCAGUGUCUUUUUCUUGUACAGCCGAAGAGAACCGCGCGCAUAACAAAUCUGUCUCUCUGUCUGACAACGGCGCCAAAGACGUCUCCCCGUUGACAGACGGCAACAUGACUUCCUGUUCCAGCAUACAGGAUGUUAAAGGGGCUACGUUUGUCAUUGAUCUGGGCAAAGAUACGGAGGUGACAGAUGUCUCCAUCACAACUAUUGAUGUAUCAGCACUUAGGACCCUCCGCAUCGAAAUAUCUGUGUGGCGUGAUGGCUACCGUGUUCAGCUCUGUAGCGCGAACAGUAAUUCGCUUUAUGGUUACUAUACGUACGCGUACCAGUUCACGAUAUGGAUCGGGUGCUAUCCCGCUCCUGUAGGCAGACACGUCAGCAUUUACUUCUACUACGACAACAUUGCCACGCUAAACGUUUGUGAGAUCAUGGUCUAUGGGAGACCGUACACCGAAGCUCUUGAGUGUGCACGCAACUCUUGGACAGUGAGAGAUUAUAAAGGACAAACAAACGUGACCGUAACAGGCAUCCCUUGUCAAAGAUGGGAUUCCCAGAGCCCGCAUGCUCAUGUUCACACGAACAUAUCAUAUUUCCCCGAUGAUAAACUUGAGGACGCUGAGAACUACUGCAGGAACCCUGGCCUAAAAUCCAGGCCCUGGUGCUACACCAACGACCCGGCAGUUGAGUGGCAGUAUUGCCCCAUCAGAGUCUGUGAUUAUGUUUGUUUGCUGGAUGGUAAGGGUUCAACAUACAGGGGGUCAAUGCAGAAAACGUCUUCAGGUGAAAGCUGUAUUAACUGGAGUGAUGCCACCUACUUUAAGAAGACAAGUCAUAUCAGCAAUGGUAGAACAACCACAAACUGUCGGAACCCGAUAUUGUCCCAGAGUCGCCCUUGGUGCUACACGUCUACGGACGGAAGUCAGUACGGCCUUUGUGACAUCCCCAAAAUGUGCCCUACAUCCUCUGAUGUGACACAAGGUCGCUGGUUCGUGGACGCUGACCAGACUGUUAAUGAUCUCCUACUGUCCACCGAAUGCCUUGUGUGGAACGAUCUGUUCGCAUCUGACGGUACCAUCAGUGGUAGCAGCUAUUCAGCUUACAAUCCUACUUCUUAUGAGGGAAACUUCGCUGUUGAAGAUUUCUGCGUUACGGGAAAGGCGUUCAAUACAUCCAUCCUAUGCUACAAGUUCACCGAGUCUGGAACAAUAUGGACGGCUGGUGUUCUAGAGUGUGUGGACUGUGGGUCUCCCCUGAAGUUGACAACGCUACCGUGUCCAUAUCCUCUAGUCUUCGGAACGGAAAAGCCACAUAUGCAUGUGUAA